AGUACUUCUACAGCGAGUAGAAUCACAAUUCUUAACCGUAGCGUACGUUAACUCGUUUUUGCGAAAAUGAAAAUAUUUUCCGAGAAAACGAUAGAACAGUAUACCAAGACUAUAGGAGAAAGGAAUGAAGUUGACAAACUAGUCAUAGUGCCACUCUUUAUCCAAGAUAUCCUCGGGCAUAAUGUCUUAAAUCCAAAAUGGACAUGGACGACUAGAAUUCCACAACAAUUUUUUAUCGUCUUCUUACUCGUUUAUGUGAUUUUGGGGACUCAGGACUACCUGAAGGAUGCGACGGAUAUCAAUGAUAUUGGCGAAGCAUACUACACACUUAUAAUCAUCUUAUUUUUCCCGAUAAAGUAUUUGCUAUUCAUACAGAAUCGCUUUACCUACAACGACUGUACGUAAUGGCAAAAACGACCUUACUGGACAUGAUAAAAAGUGAUUCCAAUGAGAAGUUAGAGGAAUUGUUUGCGAAAAUAAAGUUGGCAGUCAAAAUUUUGUUCGGAACUAUAUUUUGGUCGAUUUCGGUUUAUUUCAUGGUUGCAAUGUGGAAUUACGCUCAGGGGACGAGAGUAACUUUGUCAAAGACCACGACGAUAUUGAUGCCGAUGACGAGUCCGUACUACGAGCUUGGUUUAGCUAUACAUACUGUAUUUCUGUUUGAAAUGGCUUUCACAUAUUGUGUGAUAGACCUUUGGUUUGUGGUACUAAUGUUUUCAUUCUGCACGGCUAUUGACAGUACUAUAAAUAGACUGAAGAUUGAGGGCAAGAGGCCUGAUGAAACCGAUGAGCAAUACAUGGAUCGUCUGAACGAUGCUCUUAGAAUAUUUUAUCAAAAUCAUUCCAAAAUUAUGGAGUUUUUAUAUAUCCUCAGUGAAACAUACAAGUGGCCAUCAAUUAUACCAAUAUUGGGAAUCCUGCUCGCAUUCUGUCUCAUAUUACUCUGUAUGAGUGUGGAAGUGCACUGGAUGUUUUUAUCAAACUUAAUUCCUACAACAACAGAACUGUUUGCCUACAACUGGUUCGGUGAUCAAGUCAAAGAUAAGGGAACAGCAUUAAUCUUGGCUCUCUCAGAAUUUGAUUGGCCAAACAUGCGAACCAAGGACAAGAAGAAUUAUUUGAUUAUGGUGAGUUAUAUGAACAAGGAGUUUAAAAUCAAAACUGCUUUGGGAUACGACUUGUCUCUGGUUACGAUGAGUUCGUCCAACACCGAGAUUCAAGCCAAUAUUCCUUACGAUUUUAAAGGAACAAUUAUACAAAAACAGUAUCAAAUGGAAUUAGUAAUAUGGAAGCUGGAAUGUAUGCUCAGUGGAUCCAACUACUAG